AGUCUUGGCAGCUGGGGAAGGAGCGCCGCCCGAGGAUGGAGAGCAAGCCGGCAGUCAACGGCCAUGCCGCCCCCCUCUCCCACCAGGAAGACGCCUCGGGGGCAAAGCCCUUGCGCCAGGACGUUCUGCCUUGCAAACAGAAAAACGCCGCUGAUGGCGAUGUGGCGGCGAUGGAUGGUUCCAAAGCACCCUUGGGGGCUGCCAGCAGCAUCGCGGGGGUGUAUGUGGAGGCCUCCAAGAAGAUAAUGAGCUUUUAUGAUGCCACCAGGGAGCAUCUCCUAAGCCUGGAUUCGGCACUCGGUCUUCUCGAGGCCCAGGCGGCUACAGGCUUCCUCACCGACCCAGCGAGGAGCUGGCAUGGCUCUGUGGCGGAAGCCGUGCGGCUGGGGCUGGUGGGGCUGGAGCUGAAGGAGAGGCUGCUUGCUGCAGAGAGAGCUUCCACUGGCUUUGUGGACCCCUACUCGGAAGAGAAAAUCUCCCUCUACCAGGCCAUGCAGAAGGACCUGGUUGGGAGGGAGCAAGGCAUGCGGCUGCUGGAGGCCCAGAUGGCAACCGGAGGCGUUGUUGACCCAGCUACGGGCUGCCGGCUCCCCGCAGACGUGGCCUGUGAGAGGGGGCAUUUAGAUGAAGAGCUGAGACAGCUCCUCUCUGACCCCAGCAAUGAGGACAGCAAAGGGUUCCUCAACCCCAAUACCAUGGAGAGGGCCACGUACGUGGAGCUCAUCAGGCGGUGUGUCGUUGAUCCGGCCUCAGGCUUCCUCCUCCUGCCCCUGCAAAUCACGUUCCCGGGGCUGGGCGGGAGGGUGAGCAGCAGGGACCUGCUGGACGCUGGCAUCAUUGGCCAUGACGUGUUCAGAGCUCUUGAGGAGGGAAGGGUUUCUGCCCAGGAGGUAGCAGAGAGCGACUCCGUUCAGCAGUUCCUGGACAGGACGAGGAGCGUGGCUGGUGUUGUCCUGCCUUCCGGCGAGCGGAAAAGCCUCUACCAGGCACUGAGAGAGCAUCUCCUUGUGCCUGGUGCUGCUCUGAUGCUCUUGCAAGUCCAGGCCUCCACCAGCAGCCUGACAGACCCCAUAAAGAACAAAAGCUACUCAGUUGAUGAGGCUGUCAGGGUUGGUCUUGUCGGCCCGGAGCUUCAUGAGAAACUGUCUUCAGCUGAGAGGAGCAUCACCGGGUACAGGGACCCCUCCACUGGGGAAGUCCUCUCUCUGUUCCAAGCCAUCAGGAAGGGCUUUAUCCCCAAGGACCACGGCAUUUGCCUUCUGGAGGCUCAGAUGGCCACAGGGGGUAUAAUUGCUCCAGGCAGGCACCUCCGUGUCCCCACAGAGACAGCUUGCAAGUGGGGGUACCUGGAUGAGGCCACGUGGCAGCUCCUCUCCAGCCCUACCGAUGACAUGAAAGGGUUCUUCGACCCUAGCUCCAAGGAGAAGCUGACCUACGCAGACCUGCUCAAGCACUGUGUCACCGAUCCCCAUACAGGACUCUUGCUGCUGCCGCUCGGUGAAGGGUGGGAAGGAUCCGAGGGAACCACCCUCUUCUUUGACCAUAGGACCCAAACAGCUCUGGAAAACACACGGGUGCCCAUUGCUUUGGGUAAAUUCAAGGGAAAGUCGGUGUCCCUCUGGAAACUCCUCUUCUCAGAUGGCAUCCCGAGCAAGCAAAGAGCUGCUCUCGCCCAGCAGUACCUUGUGGGAAUGCUUUCCAUCCAAGAGCUGGGUAAGGCAGUCAGUGCCACCCUUGAGGAGAUGGCUUCCACGGCUAAUGUCACCUUCGAAGGACUGAGGGACCGGGUGACGGCUGACCAGCUCCUGAGCUCUGAGAUCAUUAACCAAGAGUUGUUUAAAAAACUGAAGGAGGGAGAAACAUCGGCCAAAGACGUUGUCAGCAUGGACACUGUCAAGAAGUACUUGCAAGGGACGGGUAGCAUUGGUGGGCUCCUGCUUCCUGACUCCCAGGAGAAGGUCAGCAUCUACCAGGCAAAGCGGAAAGGACUUUUGCGGCCUGGAACGUCACUGAUCCUCCUGGAGGCACAGGCUGCUACUGGAUUUAUCAUUGACCCAGCUGCCAACAAAAGGUAUUCUGUGGAUGAGGCGUUACGAGCAAACAUCAUUGGCCCAGAUGUCUACGACAAGCUACUGACUGCAGAGAAAUCGGUCACUGGCUACAGAGAUCCUUACUCAGGGAACAAGAUCUCCCUCUUCCAGGCCAUGAAGAAGGAGCUCAUCGUCAAGGAGCAUGCUAUCCGCCUGCUGGAGGCCCAGAUCGCCACCGGCGGCAUCAUCGACCCCGUCAACAGCCACCGCAUCCCCGUGGAGGUGGCCUACAAGCGGGGCUACUUUGACAAGAAGAUGAACUUAAUCCUUUCUGAUCCCAGCGACGACACCAAGGGCUUCUUCGACCCCAACACCCACGAGAACCUCACCUACCUGCAGCUGAAGGAGAAGUGCAUCACAGAGCCGUCCACUGGCCUCUGCCUCCUUCCUCUGAACAGCAGGAAGCGCCCGCGCCGAGAGAUAUUCAACCACUACCAGCUGAGGAAGCUCACCCUGGAGCAGAUUCGAAUCAUGUUAGAGGAGGAAAUGAAAAAGUGGGCCCCCGUCAAGUUCCCAGCCCUGAGGGGCAGCGUCAGCGCUUACCACCUGAUGGAAACGGGUGUCAUUGGCAAGGCCUUGUUUGAGAAGGUGUUGGAGGGAUCCGUCACACCAGAGGAAGUCCUGCGGAUGGACUCCGUCAGAAAGUACCUCUACGGCUCGGGCAGCAUUGGCGGGAUUGUACUCCAGCCCUCAAACCAGAGGAUAAGCAUUUACGAGGCCAUGAAGAAAAACCUGAUGGUACCAGGAGUAGCCCUCCCACUGCUAGAGGCCCAGGCUGCCACAGGCUUCAUCAUCGAUCCGGUGAACAACCAGAAACUGUGUGUGGAUGAUGCCAUCAAGGAGGGAGUCAUUGGGCCAGAAGUCCACGAGAAGCUGCAGCAUGCAGAAGGGGCUGUGACAGGCUACAAAGAUCCUUUCACGGGCAGGAAGAUACCCCUCUUCCAGGCCAUGAAGAAGGGCCUGAUUGCUGACAAACAGGCCAUGCAGUUGAUGGAGGUGCAGAUGGCGACGGGAGGCAUCAUUGACCCAACGUGUGGCCACUAUAUCCCCAUAGAGUCUGCCCAGAGGCGAGGGUGCCUGGAUGAGGACACAAGCAGGGCCCUUUCUAAGCCCAGUGACAGCAACAGGGUCUUCUGCGUCCCCGACAGCAAAGAGACCGUGACCUACGCCGAGCUAAUCAAGCGCUGCCAGAAGGACGAGGUCUCCGGCUUCCACUUGCUGCCUCUGCCACAGAGAGCUGCUCCUGCCCACACUGAUGAACAUAUCCAGCGGAUUUUGAAAGAAACUGUGGUGAAGGCAAAGGGGGUCUCCCUCUGGGAGCUGAUCCACUCUGGAUACUUUACCGAGGAGCAGAGGAGUGACCUCGUGGAGAAGUUCCGGUCCGAGGAAGUGUCGCUGCAGCAGCUGGUUGCUCUUGUGCUCAGACUGGUUGGGGAGAUGGAAAUGAAAGCCCGCACCCACAUCACCUUGGAGGGCUUGCGGGGCAGUGUCCCCGCAGUCUGGCUGCUGGAUGCUGGCAUCAUUACUGAGAAGACAUUUGAAGAACUGGCUCAGGGCAUAAGGGCUCCCGAGGAAGUGGCUGCAAUGGAGAGCGUGAAGAGGUACUUGCAGGGCACGGGCAGCAUCGCCGGGGUAUUCAUAGAGGCAUCCCAAAAGAAGAUGAGCUUUUACGAUGCCAUGAAGAACAACCUCCUCCUCCCUGGGGCUGCUCUGAGGCUGCUAGAAGCUCAGGCAGCCACUGGGUACCUAAGCGACCCAGCAACAAACCAGAGACUCAGCGUGGCGGAUGCUGUGAAAGCAGCCGUGGUUGGGGAAGAGCUCACGGAGAAGCUCCUUCUGGCUGAGAGGGCAGUGACCGGCUACACCGACCCCUACACAGGGAGCACCAUCUCACUGUGCCAGGCGCUCAGGAAAGAGCUGAUUCCCCUGGGAGAUGCCGUCCCCUUGCUAGAGGCCCAGCUGGCCACGGGAGGGGUCAUCGACCCCAUUCACCAUCAUCACCUUCCACUCCAGGCUGCCUGCAGGUACGGCUUCUUCGAUGAGGACCUGAACCAAGCCCUCUCUCAGCUGAAUGAGAGCACCAAGGUCUUUUUCGAUCCAAACACAAAGGAGUACGUGACCUACCAGCAGCUGAAGGACAGAUGCAUUCACGAGGCUGGGUCAGGCCUCUGGCUCCUUCCUCUGUCAGAAAACGCCGUGUUCUGUGUGGAUGAACAAACCAUGGAGGUGCUGAAAUCUGUGACUGUUUGUGUCAACAUAGGGCGGUUCAAGGGACAGACAGUGUCCGUCUGGGACCUUCUCAACUCAGAGUACCUCUCAGAGAGCAAGAGAAGAGAGCUGGUGCAAAGGUACAAAGAUGAGAAUGCUGAAGUGCUACAGGAAAUCGUAACGAUCGUUACCACAAUCAUCGAGGAGACUGAGACCCAAGGCACGAAGUUUGCAUUCAAGGGCCUGCGGAAAAGAGUGUCCGCCGGUGACCUCUUCCAGUCUCAACUGAUAGACAAAAAAACCCUCGAUGAGCUCAGCCAGGGGAAGAAAACAGUCAAAGAGGUCACUGAAAUGGACUCUGUUCGCAGGUACCUGGAGGGCAGCAAUUUCAUAGCAGGGGUCCUUAUACAGCCAAGCCAGGAGAAGAUGAGCAUCUACCAGGCUAUGAGGAAGGGCAUCCUGAGGCCAGGGACAGCACUGGUGCUACGGGAGGCGCAGGCUGCCACUGGCUACAUCAUUGACCCAGAGAAAAACAAGAAGUUUUCGGUGGAGGAAGCAUUAAACACAGGUCUAAUUGGAGGGGAGAUUUUUGAAAAGCUGCUCUGUGCAGAAAGAGCCGUGACGGGCUACGCUGACCCCUACACAAGAGCCCCAAUGUCUCUGUUUGAAGCUAUGAACCAAGGACUGAUUGUGAAGAGCCACGGCAUCCGCCUGCUGGAGGCCCAGAUCGCCACCGGUGGCAUCAUCGACCCCGUGCACAGCCACCGUAUCCCCGUGGAGGUGGCCUACCGACGCGGCUACUUCAACCAGGAAAUGAACCAGAUCCUCUCCGACCCCAGCGACGACACCAAGGGUUUCUUCGACCCCAACACCCAUGAGAACCUCACCUACAUGCAGCUCCUGGAGAGAUGCGUCCAAGAUUCAGAGACCGGGUUGUACAUGCUACAAGUUGUACAAGAAGGAGGGAAGUACUUCUACAUUGAUGAGCUUACAAAGCAGGUUUUGCGCUCAAAGCCCCUUGAGGUGAAAGUUGGAAAGUUCAAGGACCAAGCAAUUUCCAUCUGGGAAGUUCUCUGCUCUCAUUACAUCUCCGAGCAGAAAAGGAAAGAACUCGUGAUGCAGUACAAAUGCAAAACCCUCACACUGGAAGGUCUUGUCUCCCUCAUCCUCAAAAUAAUCGCGGAUAUGGAGCAAAGAGCAGAAGCCCUCAAGGUUAGAGGACUCCGGGGGGAUGUGUCAGUAUCAGAACUGUUUAACUCUGAGAUAAUCAACAAGACAACUCUAGAUGAGCUGCAGGAUGGGAGCCUCACCCUUGCCAGCCUCACAAAGAGGGACACCGUCAAAAGGUACUUGGAUGGCACUGGAUGCAUUGCCGGGGUUCUGCUCCCAUCACGGAAAGAGAAGAUGAGCAUCUACCAGGCCCUGAAGAAGGGCCUCCUCACCGAGCAAUGUGCACUAGGGCUGCUGGAGGCACAGGCUGCCACCGGUUUUCUCAUUGACCCACUGAAAAAUGAGAGGCUCUCUGUGGAUGAGGCCAUCUCCUCUGGGCUGGUGGGGAGCAACUUGCACAAGAAGCUCCUGUUGGCAGAGCAAGCUGUGACAGGGUACACAGAUCCUCACACAGGAAAGAAAAUAUCCCUCUUCCAGGCCAUGAGGCAAAAGAUAACAGCCAAGGAGCACGGCAUCCGUCUGCUGGAGGCCCAGAUCGCCACCGGUGGCAUCAUCGACCCCGUGCACAGCCACCGCCUGCCCGUGGAGGUGGCCUGCCGGCGUGGCUACUUGGAUGAUGAUAUGUUUCUCCUACUUUCUGAUCCAGAUCACGGUAACAAAGGUUUUAUAGAUCCAAACACUCAUGAGAAAAUCAGUUACAGUCAGCUCCUACAGAGAUGUUCCAAAGACCAAGAUACCGGCUUGUAUCUGCUGCAGGAGGACAGAAGGGACAUCUGGUUCCAAGGACUCAGACAAAAAAUAACAGCGUCAGAACUUCUCAGUGCUCAGAUUAUUACAGAAGAAACAAUGGAAAAACUCCAGGAUGGAAAAGAGACGGCACAAGAAAUAGCACAAAUGGAAAGUGUGAGAAGAUACCUUGAGGGGACUGGAAGCAUCGCUGGUGUGCUGGUGCCCUCCAAGGCCGACCCCGCCAAGAUGGAGAAGAUGAGCAUCUACCAGGCCAUGUGGAAGGGAAUCCUGAGACCAGGGACAGCACUGGUGCUGCUGGAGGCGCAGGCUGCCACUGGGUUCAUCAUCGACCCGCUCGCCAACAAGAAGCUCUCCGGGGACGAGGCCGUCUCGUCCGGGCUGAAGCUCUCCGUGGACGAGGCCGUCUCGUCCGGGCUGGUGGGCAGCGAGCUGCACGAGAAGCUCCUGUCGGCCGAGAGGGCCGUGACGGGCUACACCGACCCCUGCACCGGCGACCAGAUCUCCCUCUUCCAGGCCAUGAAGAAGGAGCUCAUCGUCAAGGAGCACGGCAUCCGCCUGCUGGAGGCCCAGAUCGCCACCGGCGGCAUCAUCGACCCCGUGCACAGCCACCGCCUGCCCGUGGAGGCGGCCUACCGGGAUCCCUACCGGCGCGGCUACUUUGACCAGGAGAUGAACCAGAUCCUCUCCGACCCCAGCGACGACACCAAGGGCUUCUUCGACCCCAACACCCACGAGAACCUCACCUACAUGCAGCUCCUCCGCCGCUGCGUGCCCGACCCGGACACUGCAAAUGUCAAGCGGGACCAGAGGGCGGUAGGGGACCCGCGGAGGGGGUCAGACGGCGAGAACCUGGGCAGGGGUGCCAGGCGGGCAGAGGGGCUGCGCUCGUACUCAGGGGACCCGUGUCGCCUGCGCCAGGGUGUGACGGAGCACUCCGCUUUGUCCUGGACGGAGCGCCUCUGGAGAAGGCAGCACAACCAGCCCGUCGCCUCCUGGGGGGGUCUCAGCUGGGGCGGGCAGAGGAGCUGGGGCCACAAGACUCUCGGCUGCACGGGCCCUUGGCCCGACUCUGCGUGGCCGUUCCGAUGCCUGCUGGAGAACGCGGCUGCCAUCCUCAUCCACUUCAUCCUCAUCCACUUCAUCCUCAUCCACUUCCUCCUCAUCCACUUCCGACAGCACGAGCAGCAUCUUGAUUAA